AUACACAGGGGAGGGAGGAGCUGCUUGGGUUGACCCAGCUGCCUGCCUCGGUGAUUGGUUUGGAAACAGCUUGUGCAUGUGCAUGCAGUCGGAGCCGACGAGCUCAGGGAAGGUUCUGGUUGCAGAGAGGUGUGUGGUGGUGCUGAUUAUCCAUCGUUCCCUCAAGCUGGUAUCUCGUGGCGUUCUCCCCACCUACUGGCCAGCUUUCUUCUCCAUGGGAACCUGCUACAAUGCUUCCAGGAGAGACAAGAAUUUCUUUUCUGAGUGUGUCACUCGCACCGAAGUGAGACGUUAGCUUGUUUAUCUUGCGCUUGGCGAGCUGUGAGUAAUGGUUUGCUUAGAGCCAGCAGGAGGUAGAUAAUGGGAAGCAUCCCCGAUUCCCUCAGAAAGAUUUGAUGAAGCUCGAGUAGCCAAAGCUUCAAAAUAUGUUUAAAAGGCGUGUUUAACGAAGCAUAAACCAAGGGUUUGCCAGCAGUCGUUGGAUUAAUUUUAAACUGUGAAAAGACCUUGCAUAAGGCAAAAUGCUUAUAAAGGAAUAUCACAUCCCUCUUCCCAUGAGCGUUGAGGAGUAUCGUAUUGCACAACUGUACAUGAUUCAGAAAAAGAGCAGAGAAGAGACCUGUGGAGAAGGGAGUGGAGUAGAAAUCCUUGAGAACAGGCCCUACAACGACGGUCCUGGUGGAUCUGGCCAGUACACCCACAAAGUCUACCACAUUGGUAUGCACAUCCCCAGCUGGUUCCGGUCGAUUUUACCAAAAGCUGCAUUGCGUGUAGAAGAAGAAUCGUGGAAUGCCUAUCCCUACACCAGAACCAGGUAUACCUGUCCCUUUGUAGAGAAAUUCUCCAUUGACAUCGAAACGUAUUAUAAAGCUGAUUCAGGAGAUCAAGCAAAUGUAUUUAAUCUCUCAGCUGCCGAGAAAAGACAGCGGAUGCUUGAUCCUAUUGACAUUGUUAAAGACCUAAUUCCACCAAAUGAAUAUAAAACUGAAGAGGACCCCAAACAGUACAAGUCCACCAAGACAGGACGGGGACCCCUGUCGGACAAUUGGAUUGAGGAGUGCAAAAACAGAACCGGAAAAAUGCCAAUUAUGUGUGCAUAUAAACUCUGCAAAGUUGAGUUUCGAUACUGGGGAAUGCAAUCCAAAAUUGAGAGAUUUAUUCACGAUGUGGGUUUAAGGAAGGUGAUGCUGAGGGCUCACCGGCAAGCGUGGUGCUGGCAAGACGAGUGGUACGGUCUGACCAUCGAGGACAUCCGGCAGCUCGAGCACGAAACGCAGCUCAUGUUGGCCCAGAAAAUGGCCCAGUUUGUGACCCAGUUCAACGUAAAUGACAAUGAAACCGAGCCAACGGGCCUGGCCCAGUUCUCUAGUGAGCGAGAGCAGGACACCAACAAUGCCAAUGUCAGCCUAGGUGCCGACUCCAGCACUGCCAACCUAAAGGACUACGGCGACUCCUUAACAGAAAAAGCACUGACAAAGCAAUGGUCCACGUCGUCCAAAUCAUCCCAUUCAUCAGUGAGAGGAGCAAGCCCUUCACGUCACAAUAUCUCAGACUGGCGGAUGCAGAGUAUAGCUCGAGACUCAGACGACAGCUCAGACGAUGAAUUCUUCGAUGCACAAGAAGACUUUUCAGACAACGAAGAAAGCUUCCCUCAAGAAAUAACGAAAUGGAAUUCAAAUGACCUUAUCGAUAAAAUUGAAGCGUGUGGAGAGACUGAGGAGAGGCCGUGUGACUUGUACCAAGGCCAGUUGAGAGACUAUAUCCCAACCAGUGCAGAACAGCUCAAUCCAGUUGAGCUGUGUCCCCUGAUCUUAGACUCCCCCACAACAGGAAACAUCCUCUCCAUAUCCAAGGGCUUUCAACAUUCAGAGACGGAUUUCAAGAUACACAACACUCUUAAAAAUAAGAGUGUCAGUACCUCUAUACCAAAGAUUACAGUUACAAGUUUACCAGCAGAUGAACCAUCGUUGCAAACCUUGCAGUCUUGUAAGGUUCACAUGCUGGUCCUCAUACUACAUGGUGGUAACAUACUGGAUCCGGGCAGUGGAGACCAGACCUCCAAGCAGGCUGACGUCAAUACCAUAACCUCAGUCUUUGACACGGUGAUGAGAGUCCACUUCCCCGCAGGUCUCGGCCACAUCGCAGCGAAGCUGGUUCCGUGCCCGGCCAUCUGCUCCGAAGCCUUUUCGCUGGUCUCAAACCUCAGUCCCUUGAGCUACGAUGAGGGCUGUUUAUCGAACAACCAAGACCACAUUCCACUGGCAGCCCUUCCUCUGCUGGCUACAGCCUCGCCCCAGUACCAAGAGGCCGUUGCGACAGUCAUUUUCAGAGCAAACCAGGUGUACAGUGAUUUCAUCAAGUCACAAGAAGGGGCCUCCUUCAAUGGACAAGUGUGUUUGAUCGGAGACUGCGUGGGUGGAAUCCUGGGAUUCGAUGCCUUGUGCUUCAGCAACCAGACCGUGUCGGAGAGCCAGAGCAGCAGCCGGCGAGGCAGUGUCCUAAGCGUGCAGGACAAUGAUCUGUUAUCUCCUGGAAUUAUUGUGAAUAACACUGCUGGCUCGAAUCUGGAAUCUAGUCGGCAUCUCAGCAGAAGCAACAUCGACAUUCCUCGAAGCAGCACUGAUAAUUCAAACAAGCAGUUGCCGAGAAAGAGAAGCGAUUCUUCUACGUAUGAGCUUGACACCAUUAAACAUCAUCAGGCAUUUCUGUCCAGUUUGCAGUCCAGUGUUCUGAGGACGGAUUCUGGGUCCAGGCGAUCGAGCAGUUCCACCAUGCUGGAAGGAAUGAACCCUGGCAAGUUUGAAUUUGAAGUGACUGAUUUCUUCCUGUUCGGUUCCCCUCUGGGGCUGGUGCUGGCAUUGAGGAAGACAGUUGUCCCCAGCUUGGACGUGUCCCUGCUGAGACCAGCAUGCCAGCAGGUCUACAAUCUGUUCCACCCAGCCGACCCCUCAUCUUCCCGCUUGGAGCCACUCCUGGAGAAGAAGUUUCAUCUGUUGCCUCCGUUCAAUGUUCCCCGCUACCAACGGUUCCCACUGGGCGACGGCACCUCUGCUGUUUUGGCGGAUGUCAUUCAGACUCACGUCGGCGUCUUCGCAGAAGGUUCGUCUCCUUCCUCUCCCUCAACAGCCCCGAUAUUCAGGGCGUUCCGCAGAGCGAGUGAGACCAGCAUUGCCAGCCAAGUAUCAGGAAUGGCUGAUAGUUACACGGCUUCCAACAUCACCAACACGAAAAAAUAUCACUCAGCCCUUAACAAAACGUUGGGUUUCUUGUCCAAACUUAUCCCCCACAACAAAGCCCUUCCACAAUGCCUUGACCCUCAGGACUAUAAACAGUCCAAACCUGUGCUGUCACAGAGUCACGACAAGCUGAAAGUGAGUCAACCACCACAGAGAGUCUCAGAGAUGGACCUCCAGACAGUUGCAGCGAGGUGGUGGGGAACUAAGAGGGUUGACUACGCUCUCUACUGCCCUGAUGCUUUAACAGCCUUUCCAACGGUCGCCUUGCCCCACCUCUUUCACGCCAGUUACUGGGAGUCAACUGAUGUCGUCUCCUUUCUGCUACGACAGAUAAUGAGGCAUGAAAAUGCAAGUGUUCUGGAAUUGGACGGGAAGGAGGUCUCAGUGUUCAGCCCUUCAAAGCCGCGCGAGAAGUGGCUUCGCAAGAGGACGCAUGUUAAAUUAAGGAACGUCACAGCCAAUCAUCGUGUGAACGAUGUGAUUGUUAGUGAAGACGGUCCUCAGACAUUGACGGGGCGUUUCAUGUACGGACCCCUGGAUAUGGUCACACUGACGGGCGAGAAGGUGGAUAUUCACAUCAUGACUCAGCCUCCCACAGGAGAGUGGGUGUAUUUUGACACUGACAUCACGAACAGCAGCGGCAGAAUUUCUUACGUUAUUCCAGAGAGCAAAAGGCUGGGGAUUGGUGUCUACCCAGUAAAAAUGGUGAUUAGGGGGGACCACACGUCUGGAGACAGCUACAUAACAGUGCUGCCAAAGGGGACGGAAUGUGUGGUGUUCAGCAUCGAUGGGUCGUUCGCAGCCAGCGUUUCCAUCAUGGGUAGCGACCCGAAGGUCAGAGCAGGAGCCGUUGAUGUUGUGAGGCACUGGCAGGAUCUGGGCUACUUCAUCGUGUACGUGACGGGACGACCAGACAUGCAGAAGCAGAGGGUGGUGGCCUGGCUGGCUCAGCACAACUUCCCACACGGAAUCGUCUCCUUCUGUGAUGGGCUUGUUCACGACCCUCUCCGGCACAAGGCCAACUUCCUCCGCAGCCUCGUUCAGGACGUGUCGGUAAAGGUGCACGCAGCCUACGGAUCCACGAAGGAUAUUUCAGUGUAUGCCUCCCUGGGCUUAUCACCUUCUCAGAUCUACAUUGUGGGCCGCUCAGCCAAGAAGUAUCAGAAUCAGUGCCAGUUUCUGACAGAUGGAUAUGCGGCACAUUUAUCUCAGCUGGAGUAUAACCAGCGAUCCCGUCCUGCCAAAAGCAAUUCCCGAAUGGUGCUGCGGAAAGGUAGCUUUGGUUUGGCUGCACAGCCGGACUUCCUGCGGAAAAGGAAUCAGUUACUACGUACAAUCUCCGGCCAGCAGACGACGUCCACCUCCUCGAAGCCAGAGCGGACACAGAGCCAGUCUGAAGGUGAGCGCGACCGAGACAAGGAGCGUGGUCACAGGAGCAUGAGCAUCACGGCAGGCUGCUGGGGCCGCACAGGCACCUCCAAACUGGAAUCUGGGGUUUAAUGAAGACACAGGGGGUGGCGAGGGGGCGAGAGUUGGCAUCAGCUACAGAGCUGGGGGGUCAAAGCCGCAAAUGACGAACGUGCUGGGGUUGUAACGUGCAGGUGAAUGGUACCAUGGUGCUAACACAUGAUAUAGAAGAGAUGAACUUGUAAUUUUUGUGAACUUUGAGCCUUAACAAUUCAGUGUUGCAUUUGUAGGACACUAGCUCAAAUUACCCUUUGUUAUAGAGAGGUAGUCCGAACUUUUAGAACCUGCUUAGUUCUGCAAUCUUUUCUAUUGGGAUUUUGUCAAAUUUGAACAUAGAGACCCAGUUUUCCCAUCACUGUCACUGGUACACAUACUUCUCAAAAACGUCUUGAAAUCCAGCAGGAAACCCGCACAGACAAUAACUGUUAAUUUUCAACACACACAAAACGCUGAAAGAACUCAGCAGGCCAGGCAGCUUCUAUGGAAAAGAGUCAACAAUCGA